CGUGAAAACAACAGAGAAAAAAGAGAAAAAGGCUGUCCGAUAUGAAACAAAACAUACCUCCGCGAUCCAACCAACUCCCGGACCGGAGGCCAUAUUGUCGUUCUCCACGUCCAACACGUCCCCUCCAGUUUUCACUUCCUCUCCUUUUGUCUUGACACCUGCGCACAAUCAACAUUCAGACCAGAAAAUCGGUUGUUUCUGCGACAUUCAAUCCGCUGUUUAUUCCACUGUUUCUGAUCGUGUUCCUGGACUUUGUUCCUGACGUCUGUUUGGGUCGCUCCCGCCAUUAGUACCGCUGUGUCUUGAUCCUGUCGUGGAUUAACUUGCAACACUUGCGAUAUUCUAUGGGAUCGAAAAGACAGAAAGAGACAGGAGACUCGAAAUAAUCGCAGCUGAGACCACUCGUCAAUUGAACAUGUUCGGUGUCUUUGGUGGCCUGAGCCUCCCUGUAGGUACCGAUCCAGAAAGAGAACGUCCUCCUCCCACCGCCCCGACCCCCAUCGACUUCCCCAUCUACAACCUCCCCGACCCCACAGAAGAAGACGCGGAAUCCGCCCUCAAAGACCUAUACAACGACCUAAUCACCAUAAAGCGACCCCAGGAUAUCACACCAUCGAGGUUCCGGGCGUUCAACCUGAAAGUGGAGUCGGAGGUCCCUGCAUCGCGCAUUGUUCGACAUGACACUACGAGUUCUGUCCGGCCAUUGCCUUGGGAGGACAAUACGGCUGGAGAGGGAGACCAAAAUGGCCAACCGGCACUAAUGGGAAAUGACAAUCGGUAUCCGGAUAAAGAGCGGUUCGAGACGUUGAGGAAUGAGUUGUUGAUUGAGAACGACGAUGGGUUCCGGGAGGUUAGUCGGAUGCCGCCGCGGGAGGGUCGUCAGAGGGUGAGGAUCGCACAGACGAGGAAGUUCUGGGCGGGAUUUGAGCGGAUGGCUCUGUAUUGGGAUACCAGUUUGGAUCAUUACUUUGAGCGUCCUGCUACGCCAGAACCGCAGCCGGAGGAUAAGGGAGAUAAGAUGCAGACGGACGAUGAGAACACACAAACAUCGGAGAGAAAUCCGUCGAUGGACAUUGAUCAGCCCGCACAGACGAACGGUAACGGCACCAAUGAUGAUCCAGGAUCCCGAACCCCGGUGGAAAGGUACACUGGCCGCCGUGUUGGCGCUGGACACGAAAUGCCCGAAGACGCCCGCGAGGAAACCGUUCGAGCCUUUGUCGAAAUGACCGCCUGGCCCUUUGGCUGCCAAGUCAGCAUUCCCACAAUCCCGCCACGACUAGCCGUCAAGACACUACUCUUUCCUGUCCGAAUGACCUUCGAGACAGGCCGCUCACCUAAAGACCGAACACAGGCCCGGAGCGGCGUCCUAGAGGGUCCGGUUUUCGUUGGCCAAUGCCGUUCCGAGACCGCCUUUCGGACCCCCGAAGAAAACCCCGGCUCCGGGAUUGGUGACGCCGGCGAUGUAUUCCGGGAGGUGGGUGCAAUGCUUCUAGCUGCUCAAGAACGCGCGCGCGAUGGAGUCACCGAUGUCCGUCCUGGCGAGGGCCAAUGGUGGACGACGGCACCUCGCUGGGGAGGGGGGACGAGCGAGGGGUCAGAAGGCGAGCACCACACCGAGGAGGAUAGUAAUAGCAACCACGAGAAGGAGAAACCACAUAAACGGUCUAAAUACGACCACCCGUUCCUGGCGCUGCGGCGUCCACGGAGGAUGUCGAAUGCAGAUAGAUGGAAGGCUGUGCAGCCGGGGCCGAGUCUCUGGGAGAAGCGGAUGAAGUAUAUGCAGAUUGGGAAGACCGUGGGUAGUUUAUACGAUGAUAUCUACAUGGUAUCCUCAAUCAAUCACCACAUCUCCAUCCUGCACUUACGCGUCCACCGUCGCUAUCUCGAAAUCGUAACAACAGGAGAAAGCGACUGCACAACUGAUUCGGAUGAAGAUCAACCGUGGUAUGAGUUGAAACUGCGGCGGACGAGAUGGUAUGACUUCUUCGAGGCGAAGGAUCGGGUCGAGGCGUUCGAGGGCGUAUGGCGAAUUUUCCAUUAUACCUUGCGGAAGGUGUAAUUACGUGCAUUUAUGCUUGAGUGAUUCAUAUCUAUUCUAUUCUAUUCAUACCCGGAAUGAAGUUGGGUGAGAUUUUUGCAUGAUUGAUGGAUAUCUGAUACUCGUACAUAAAUCUUCAGUUGAUCUAUCAGCUUCUCGCUGUAAGCAAAUCAUUCCACUCCAUGAUUUAGCCGGGUCAUAUGGCGUUCUCUGCCCCCUCCAAGGUUUUCGACGUGCUGCUCCAUGAAUCUUCUGUACGCUU